UUCGUAGUCCAAUGACGAGGUUUAAAAACCUUUUGGCGAGCCCAAGAGCCUGGGGCUUGGACGGAAAGAUUAAAACCCAGGACAUUUGUCCCAAUUGUUGCGAAAUGCCCGAACAACUUCAUUUCCCCUCUCAACUCGACCGUCUGCAGUUUCUUAUUUCCUCAAGAAUCGGGCACUGAACAAACACAUCGACGUCCAGGGCCCUCCCUCUCGUCCUUUUAGUCUGAGGGAUCGAUCACGCAUAAUCUAGCCAGGUCGACCUAUAUCCCCCAUUCCUUAAUCGGUCAUUGUUCAAACAUGACCAACGCGCUUCGCGGUUGCGUCAUCGCAUUGGGCGGGAGUUUCGCAUGGGACGUGGCGGCCUACGUCAGUACGCUCGGUGCGGACUUCAACCUUAGAUUUUCCAAAAAGACAACCCAUGUGAUCACCACCGACAAGGACGUCACGAAGAACGCCAAAGUGCGCCAGGCCCGGGCCCGUGGCGGUUGCCAUAUUAUCAGUGUCGAAUGGGCCCAGGAAUCGGGGCGCCUUGGGUGCAAAGCCGACGAGGCCAAGUUCGCCUUUGACGACAAGAGCACCAGUAAUGGCUCCGUGCCGGCUCGGGCCGGAGGGCGUACUACUAGAUCGGCUGCUGCUCAGUCUGUCGCUGCUCAGCCCGCCAGUGCCAGUGUGGUGCAGGAUGCUGGUAACGAUACCGGCUUUCCGAUUCGCAAGUCCACCAAACGAAGCGCCCCAGAUGCCGAUGAGACCGAUGCCCAGAAUGGUAACAAGGACGACACAGUCUCGCAGUCCAGCAAGAAGUCGAAGGUGACCAAGUCUGAGGAAGAGGAGAAGGAUAAGAAGGAGGAAGAGGAGAAGGUUAAGCAGGGGGAGGUCAAGGAAAAGGAAGAGGUAUCCGAGGGCCAGAUCGCCAAGUCAAAGGACGUCGUCAUCCCUCUCGACGAAGGUGUCACCUUGGCCAACGCCAAGGUCUACAUCGACCCCAGCGGCGUCAUAUACGAUGCCGCCCUCAACCAAACCAACGCCGGCCGCAACAAUAACAAGUUUUACCGGGUCCAGCUCUUGCAGAGCGGUUCGACUUACAUGACGUGGACUCGCUGGGGCCGAGUGGGCGAGUAUGGCCAGACAGCCAUUCUCGGCCAGGGCACCCUUGACGAUGCGCUCUCCCAGUUUAACAAGAAGUUUAAGGACAAAUCGGGUCACCGCUGGGAGGAUCGCGCCAAGGAUCCUAAGCCUAACAAGUACGCCUUUGUGGAGAAGAAUUACAACCCGGAUUCCGAUUCCGAGUCCGAGUCCGGCGCGCCCGAUGUCAACAUGAAGGAUAUCGACGCCGAUGAAGAACCGGGACCGGAACCGGAGUGCAAACUUGAUCCCGCAGUCCAGGACCUCUUGGCCCUUAUUUUCAACCAGCAGUACUUCGCGGCGGCCAUGUCAGAAUUCAACUACGAUGCCAACAAGAUGCCACUGGGCAAGCUGAGCAAAGCAACUAUCACCAAGGGCUUUCAAGCGCUCAAGGACCUGUCGGAGCUGUUCGACAAUCAAACUUUGGCGCAAUCGAUUUACAGCACCGACUAUGGCUCGGCAACCGAGAUGCUGUCCAACAGGUUCUACUCCUUGAUCCCGCACGAUUUUGGGCGGCGACGGCCACCCAUCAUUCGCACCGAAGCCCUGCUCAAGAAGGAAGUCGAGCUUCUAGAGAGCUUGUCCGACAUGAAGGACGCGGCGGAGAUCAUGAAGCUGGACCGUGUGAAAGCGGCCGGCAGAGACAAUGUGCACCCGAUGGAGCGCCAGUUCCUGGGCCUGGGCCUCGACGAGAUGACGGUGCUGAACCCGAAGAGUAACGAGUUUGAUCAGCUGAGCCGGUAUCUCAUGGAGACCAAGGGCAGCACGCACUACGUCAAUUACAGCAAGGUGGAGCAGAUCUUCCGCAUCGACCGGGCCGGCGAGCGAAGCCGGUUCGAGAAGUACAAGGAUGAGAUGGGGCAGACGCCGGGGCUGGUGGCCAAGACGGAGCGACGCCUGCUCUGGCACGGAUCGCGGGCCACCAACUUUGGCGGCAUCCUGAGCCAGGGCCUGCGGAUCGCGCCGCCCGAGGCGCCCUCGACGGGCUACAUGUUCGGCAAGGGCAUCUACCUGGCCGACAUGUCGUCCAAGUCGGUGAACUACUGCGUGCCGAGUCUGUCGGGCAACACGGCGCUGCUGCUGCUGUGCGAGGCCGAGCUGGGCGACCCGAUGCAGGAGCUGGUGCACGCCAGCUACUCGGCGGGCGAGGAGGCCCAGAGGAAAGGCCUGGUGGCGACUUGGGGCCAGGGACGGACCGGUCCCACGGCGUGGAAGGAUGCGGGUUGCGUGCACCCUUCGUUGAAAGGGGUCAAGAUGCCCGAUGUGAGUGUCAAGCCCGGGGAUAGCGGAAUUGCAUCUGCAGGCCUAUUGUACAACGAGUACAUCGUAUACAACACUUCUCAGGUCCAUCUUCGUUACUUGCUCCGUGUGAAGCUGGGUUGACGGGAGGGGGUUGAGCGAGAGACGAGAGGGUCGAAUGGGAUAUAGUAUCGUUGUUUUGGAGCUGGGCAGAAGUUUUGCAUCAGUAAACGGAUAGGAGUUGGGUGCCUGGGAAUGGAGUAUUCCAAAUGUCUUUGCUUAUUCCGGCUUCACAAGGGGUCUUUUUCAGGGUUUGUUUGUCUCUUCCACAAGGUAGUCUACUUGCAUGAAAUUAGAAAUUGACGUUUGCAAUCUUGGAUCUCCAUUGCUCCGUGACUGUUGUACUAGCUUCAGCGAUGUCUUCAAAAUAUCUG